CUAUUAUUUUUCUGCUCAGUUUCUCGCAGUUUAAAAUGGCGGCGUUGAGCAGCGCCGAGUCUCCACCGCCCGUCUUCAACGGAGACGCCAUGGACCGUGAUCCAGAACGGGAGAGAGGACUGGACGAAUUGGGUGCCGGGCUCGACCCAAUAUGUUCCGGCGGGAUCACCGAGAGCCAACAGGACAUUCCCGAGGAGAUUUGGAACAUCAGACAGAUGAUUAAACUGACACAAGAGCACCUGGAGGCUCUUCUGGAUAAGUUUGGGGGGGAACACAAUCCACCGUCAAUAUAUCUGGAGGCCUAUGAGGAGUACACCAGUAAGCUGGAUGCUCUUCAGCAGAGGGAGCAGCAGCUGAUGGAGGCGAUGGGGACCAGCGGCCCCUCCCCCUCCCCGUCCCCCUGCCCCUCCCCCUGCCCCUCCCCGAGCCUGCCCGACCUGAGCGUCCCGCUGGCCCCCGCCUCCCUGACUGUGCCCCAGGGAGACCCCUCCCGCCCCAACCCCAAAUCCCCACAGAAGCCCAUUGUGCGUGUGUUCCUGCCCAACAAGCAGAGGACUGUGGUCCCGGCGCGCAGUGGCAUGACUGUUCGGGACUCUCUGAAGAAGGCUCUGAUGAUGAGAGGACUGAUCCCAGAAUGCUGUGCGGUCUACAGGAUCCAGGAUGGGGAGAAGAAGCCCAUUGGCUGGGACACGGAUAUCUCCUGGCUGACAGGGGAGGAGCUUCAUGUAGAGGUUUUGGAAAAUGUGCCCCUGACCACACACAAUUUUGUGAGGAAGACGUUCUUCACCCUGGCCUUCUGCGACUUCUGCCGGAAGCUUCUCUUCCAGGGCUUCCGCUGCCAGACCUGCGGCUACAAGUUCCACCAGCGCUGCAGUACGGAGGUCCCGCUCAUGUGCGUCAACUACGACCAACUGGACCUCCUGCUGGUGUCCAAGUUCUUUGAGCACCACCCCAUCAGCCCCGAGGACACGUCGUCUGGGGGGGCCACGCCCGUGUCUGAGGCCUGCCCCCCCCUCCCCCCCUCAGAAUCCGCCGGGUCUGCCUGCCACCCUGGCUCCUCCCCCUCCAAGUCCAUCCCCAUCCCUCAGAACUUCCGGCCAGGCGAUGAGGACCACCGGAACCAGUUUGGCCAGAGAGACCGGUCCUCCUCCGCCCCGAACGUGCACAUCAACACCAUCGAGCCCGUCAACAUCGACGACCUGAUUGGAGGCGCGUGUUUGCAGAGGUCAGAUGGCGCCCCCCCGACCCAACCCGCUCGCUGUCUGAGGAAGCCCAGAACCCGGACCGCCAGCCCCCUCCUAUACUCCUACCCCAAUGACAUUGUGUUUGAUUUUGAGCCUGGUCCUGUGUUCCGAGGCUCCACCACAGGGCUGUCGGCCACGCCGCCUGCCUCUCUCCCCGGCUCGUUGAUCAGUGUGAAGGCCCCGCAGAAGUCCCCCAGCCAGCCCCGUGAGCGCAAGUCCUCCUCCUCCUCUGAGGACCGCAGCAAGAUGAAGACGCUCGGUCGGAGGGACUCGAGCGAUGACUGGGAGAUCCCUGAGGGGCAGAUCACGCUGGGGCAGAGGAUCGGAUCGGGCUCCUUUGGGACGGUCUACAAGGGGAAAUGGCACGGGGACGUGGCUGUGAAGAUGCUGAACGUCACCGCGCCCACACCCCAGCAGCUGCAGGCCUUCAAGAACGAGGUGGGGGUGCUGAGAAAGACGCGUCACGUGAACAUCCUGCUCUUCAUGGGCUACACCACCAAGCCCCAGCUGGCCAUCGUCACGCAGUGGUGCGAGGGCUCCAGCCUGUACCACCACCUGCACAUCAUCGAGACCAAGUUUGAGAUGAUCAAGCUCAUCGACAUCGCCCGGCAGACCGCCCAGGGCAUGGAUUAUUUACAUGCAAAGUCCAUCAUUCACCGGGACCUGAAGAGCAACAACAUCUUCCUGCACGAGGAUUUGACGGUGAAGAUUGGGGACUUCGGUCUGGCCACAGUGAAGUCCCGCUGGAGCGGGUCGCACCAGUUCCAGCAGCUGUCUGGGUCCAUUCUGUGGAUGGCUCCAGAGGUGAUCCGGCUGCAGGAUAAGAGCCCCUACAGCUUCCAGUCGGAUGUCUACGCCUUUGGGGUUGUGCUGUAUGAGCUGAUGUCCGGAGCCCUGCCCUACUCUAACAUCAACAACCGAGACCAGAUAAUCUUCAUGGUGGGGCGGGGCUACCUGUCACCUGACCUGAGCCGGGUGCGCAGCAACUGCCCCAAGGCCAUGAAGAGGCUGAUGGCUGAGUGUCUGAAGAAGAAGAGGGAGGAGCGGCCCCUCUUCCCCCAGAUCCUGGCGUCUGUAGAGCUGCUGGCUCGCUCCCUCCCUAAGAUCCACCGCAGCGCGUCAGAGCCCUCUCUGAACCGGGCGGGGAUCCAGACCGAGGACUUCAGCCUGUACGCCUGCGCCUCCCCCAAAACACCCAUCCAGGCCGGGGGCUACGGAGAGUUCUCUGCGUUUAAGUAAACCCACUGCACCAGUACGUCCCACGCCACUUUAAAAACAGAAAAAAAAGUCUUGUGUUCCUACAGUGGGGUUCAUCCUUUUCAGAAAAAUAACUUUCCAGAAGAAGUGUGCCGUUAUCUGUCCUCUCCAGCUUCAGAGCGACGGCAAAAUAACAACAAUCUGAGAGAAGAAACGUCACGACUACAAUCACAAACAGGCACUCGCAGCCACACCAACAACCACCGCAGCCCAGCGAAAUUACAGAUCCACUGGGACACCGUGUAGGAGACUGGGAGUGGGCCCUCUGCUGCCAGGAGAGGGGGAAGAGCAGGAGGAGGAAAGGAUAGUGAGGAAGAGGAGGAGGGAUAGUGAGGAAGAGGAGGAAAGGAUGGUGAGGAAGAGGAGGAAAGGAUAGUGAGGAAGAGGAGGAAAGGAUAGUGAGGAAGAGGAGGAAAGGAUAGUGAGGAAGAGGAGGAAAGGAUAGUGAGGAAGAGGAGGAGGGAUUGUGAGGAAGAGGAGGAAGGAUAGUGAGGAAGAGGAGGAGGGAUCCUGAGGAAGGGGGUGGGGCUGAACCCUGCCCAGGUGAAGUGUGGAGAGGGUGUGGUGCAGGACAGCUCUGACCAAUGAAACUGCAGGGCUGAGAGGGCAGCCCCAGCCCCGCUGCUCAUUGGCUGGUGUCUCAGCCAAUCCCUGAAGAGCAUCAGUGGUGGUCCGGUUACACCUUUUGGAAGAUGACUUGAAUGGUACUUUUUUAUGAUGUAAUUUGUGUUUGGGGUUUUCUUAAAGGAGAGACUGCUCAUUAUGGACCAUACACAUCAACACCAAGAUUCCACAUCUCAUUCUGCGUGCUGAUUGGCCGCAGGUUUCUGUGGACCACUGCUGUUUCUGAUCAUGCGUAUAUGGACCCAUUUUAUUUAUUUUUCAAACACAAAUUUAAAAUAUUCCAAGGAUCCUGUCUGUUCGGUCCCUGAGAGGGUUCUGGGGGUAAUGCUCCCCACGUUUAUCCGCUGAGUUUCGCAUGGACCCAUGAUCUGCUCGCUCCAAACCCCUCCACAAAGCGCAGACAAAACAAAACAAAACAAAACUUCAGUUGGUUGAGCGCCUGACGGGACGGAGGCUGCCGGUUCUCCAGGCCGUGGGCCCUGGGCACGGUGACGGAGAGCGUUUCGGGACCGGCCCGCCCGGAGCCUGGCCCCACCGCGCGGACCAGCUCUGCUAGCGCAGGCGUUCGGGGAACUCAGUGUGCCAAAACAUGCCCUGCUCCUUCACUUCCAGCACAUUCAGAGUCACUGUGUGCCUGGACUGCUGUCACUGCUCACACUGUGUGUCUCUGAACCGCUGCUGCUCCUCACCCCUUCCUGAUCCCUGCGGGGGGGGGGGGGGGGGGACGUGGCCUUGUGGUUCUGACCGAAGUUUGUGUGAAUUUGAAAAUCAAGAUGACCACAGUGUACUCUUCUGUCCUCGGUCAGGACAGACGGCUA